CCGGCACCGCUCCUGCUCAGCGCUGCGGGACCCGGCGUUUUGCGGGGUUUCCCGGCCGCUCUCUGAGCGGCUCCAGCAUGGGCCGGGAGCCGGGGCGGCUGUGGCUGCUGCUCUGGUGCUGCGGGCUUUGGGGCAGCAUCCCCGGCGCCGCUGGCAGCCACUACCCCUACCUCUGGAGAAACUGCUACCCCUGCUACCUGGGGCGUGCGGGGUACGGAGCCGGGCACGGCGAGCUGAGGGCAGAUGUGGAUGAGUGCCAGGUCCACAACGGGGGCUGCCAGCACCGCUGUGUGAACACCCUCGGGUCCUUCUACUGCGAGUGCCGACCCGGCUCCCGCCUGCACGCGGACGGCAGGACCUGCCUGGCUGUGAACACCUGUGCCCUGAACAACGGCGGCUGCGAGCAGGAGUGCGUGCAGGUGAGCCCAGCGCGGCAUCGCUGCCGCUGCCGCCACAACUACCAGCUGCGGGAGGACGGCAAGAGCUGCGCCCUGAGGAACCCCUGUGCUGACAGGAACGGGGGCUGCAUGCACCGCUGCCACAACCAGGGGGGCACAGCCCGCUGCCACUGCCACCCCGGCUACCGCCUGGCACCUGACAACAAGGCCUGUGAAGAUGUGAAUGAAUGUGUGACUGGAGCAGCCCUGUGUGCUCACCAGUGUCUCAACACUCGUGGCUCCUUCAAGUGUACCUGUAACCCAGGCUAUGAGCUGGGGGCAGAUGGCAAGAGAUGUUACCGGAUAGAAAUGGAGAUUGUGAACAGCUGCGAGGCCAACAACGGGGGCUGCUCCCACACGUGCCACCACACCAGCUCAGGCCCAGUCUGUACCUGCAACUUUGGCUAUCGGCUGGAAGAGGACCAGAAGACAUGCACUGAUAUCAACGAAUGUGACACUGGUUCCCACUGCUGCCAGCAAGACUGUUACAACUACCCCGGGGGCUACGAGUGUGCCUGCCAGGCGGGGUACCGGCUGGGCACGGACGGCUGCGGCUGUGACGAUGUGGAUGAGUGCUCCUUCAAUAAAGGUGGAUGUGAACACACGUGCCAGAACCAGCUGGGGUCAUUCCAGUGCAGCUGUGAGAUUGGGUACAGACUGGACGAGGACCGAAGGAGCUGCAUCCCCCUAGAGGACCCCGUGGAAGCCCUGGAUGCUCGGCACCCCGUUAUCCGCCCGAUCCCUCACGUGGCAAUCCUGCGGGAUGAGUUUACCCAGCUCUUCAAUGACGACUAUGAGGAAGAGGAGGAAGGGAUGGAAGCAAGAGGAGAGCACACACUUUCAGAAAAGUUUGUCUGCCUGGAGCACACCUUCGGGCCUGACUGCAGCCUGACCUGCCAGGACUGCCAGAACGGAGCCACCUGCAACGCGGAGGAGACGGGCUGUGCCUGCCUGGCCGGCUGGACUGGCGUCCUGUGUGACCAGCCCUGCCCGGCCGGCACCUUUGGCAGGAAUUGCAGCCAGAGCUGCCGCUGCCAGAACGGAGGCACCUGCGACGCGGCCACCGGCUCCUGCCGCUGCCCGCCCGGGGUGGCCGGGGAGCUCUGCCAGGACGGGUGCCCUAAAGGAUUUUUUGGGAAGCAGUGCAGGAAGAAGUGCAACUGUGCCAACCGGGGUCGUUGCCAUCGGAUCUACGGCGCCUGCCUGUGCGACCCGGGCUUGUACGGACGGUUCUGCCACCUAGCUUGCCCCCGGUGGGCGUUCGGGGCGGGCUGCUCGGAGGAGUGCAGCUGCCUGCAGCACAACACCCAGGACUGCGACCGCCGCGACGGCUCCUGCCACUGCAAGCCCGGCUACCGCGGCAAGCGCUGCGAGCACCGCUGCGACCCUGGCUACUAUGGGGAUGGCUGCAAGAAGAAGUGCAGCUGCUCUCCUGACGUGCCUUGUGACCAUGUCACUGGAGAGUGCUGGAAGGAGUGUCCCCAGGGCUACCACGGGGAGAACUGCGACCAAGAGUGCCCGGAGGGGAGGUUUGGGGCAGGCUGCCAGCAGUCCUGCUCCUGUGGUGGAGCACCCUGCGACCCGAGCAGUGGGCAGUGCCGCUGCCCACCGGGCUGGACCGGCCACCUCUGCGGCCAAGCUUGUCCUGAUGGUCGCUGGGGCCUGGGCUGCCAGGAGAUCUGUCCCCAGUGUGCCAACAAUGCCAGCUGUGACCCUGCCACUGGAGCCUGCCUGUGUCCUGCUGGCUACACUGGCCACCUCUGCCAGGAUGCGUGCCCACCCGGCUGGUUUGGCCAAGACUGCCAGCAGAGCUGCAGCUGUGGGAACGAGGGACAUUGCCAUCCUGUGACGGGGACGUGCAGCUGCCCACCCGGCUGGACUGGACACAACUGCCAGAGAGCCUGCGACGCCGGGCGCUGGGGCCCCAACUGCGCCCACACCUGCAACUGCAGCAGCAGCAGCGGGAGCUGCAGCGCCGAGACGGGGCGGUGCCUGUGCCAGCCCGGCUACACCGGCAGCCGCUGCCACCUGAAGUGCCCAGAUGGAUGGUUUGGGCUGAGCUGUCAACAUCAGUGUCAGUGUGAGAAUGGGGCUGCCUGUGACCACGUCAGUGGGGCCUGUACCUGCAGCCCAGGCUGGAGAGGGACCUUCUGCCAGCACGCCUGUCCUGAGGGAUUUUAUGGACUGGAGUGCCAGGAAGCCUGCAACUGCCUGAACGGCGCCCGCUGUGACCAUGUCACAGGCCAGUGCCACUGUCCCCCCGGCUGGGUUGGCCCCCGCUGCGGCCAGGCGUGCCAGGAGAACAGGUACGGUGAGAACUGCACCCAGACCUGCCGCUGCUUCAACAACGCCUCCUGCAGCCAUGUCAGCGGCCGCUGUCUCUGCACCGCCGGCUGGACGGGACCCACCUGCCAGGAAGCCUGCCCGGCGGGUUUCUAUGGGGAGAGCUGCCUCCAGCGCUGCCUCUGCCAGAACGGUGGCACCUGUGACCCUGCCACUGGGCUCUGCACCUGCCUCGAGGGCUGGACUGGGCUGGCCUGUGAGCUGGAGUGUGCUGCAGGGGAGCACGGGCCCGGCUGCCGGCAGCGCUGCCAGUGCCACCACGGGGGGCUCUGCGACCGCCGCACCGGCCGCUGCCUGUGCCAGCCCGGCUGGACCGGCCAGCACUGCCAGAGCCCUUGCCCAGAGGGGAGGUUUGGGGCACGCUGUGAAGAGCACUGCGACUGUGGGGACAACGUCUCGUGCCACCACGUUACUGGUGCCUGUGAUUGUCCCCGCGGCUGGAGGGGCCGGCGCUGCGAGAAAGCCUGCCUGCCAGGUUCCUUUGGGAAGGACUGUGCCAGCCGCUGCACCUGUCCCCUGGGAGUGCCCUGCCACCACGUCACCGGCCGCUGCGGCUGCCCGCCGGGACUCACAGGCUCUGGAUGUGAAAAACCCUGCCUGCCCGGGACCUUUGGCGAGGGCUGUGGGCAGAUCUGCCAGUGUGCUGGAGCCACCCAGGAGUGCCACCCUGUCACCGGGGCCUGUGUCUGUGCCCCCGGCUUCCACGGCCCCACGUGCCAGCUGGAGUGCUCCCCUGGGUGGUACGGCCACAACUGUGAGAGGCCAUGUGAGUGCAGGAACGGGGGCCGGUGUGACGGUGCCACCGGGAGCUGCCACUGCCCUGCUGGCUUCAUCGGCGCGGAUUGCAGCACUGGAUGCCCUGCUGGCCACUACGGCAAGGACUGUGCCCAGCUCUGCUCCUGUGGGGACGGCGCUUCCUGUCACCCUGUCACUGGAGACUGCAUUUGCCCUCCAGGGAGAACUGGUCCUACCUGUGAGCAGGGCUGUGAGAAGCACCGGUACGGGAUGGGCUGCCAGCAGCCCUGCUCCUGCCUCAACGGGGGGCUGUGUGAUGCAGCCAAUGGCUCCUGUGCCUGUGCGCCCGGCUGGACGGGGAAAUCCUGUGAAUUAGAAUGCCCGCCGGGAAGGUACGGUGCCAACUGCCAGCUCCGCUGUGCCUGCCUGCACGGUGCCACCUGCCACCCAGGGACCGGAGCCUGCCACUGCCCUGCGGGCCACUACGGGCCCCUCUGUGAACACCGUUGUCCCCCGGGCUUCUAUGGAGCUGGCUGCCGGGAGAGCUGUGACUGUGAGCACGGAGCAGGCUGUGACCCAGCCACAGGCCUCUGCCAGUGUCCUGCUGGGUUCCAUGGAGAGCGCUGCCAGACAGGCUGCAGGGAAGGAACGUACGGCGAGGGGUGCCAGCAGCUCUGUGACUGUGUCGGCAACGCGUCCUGUGACCCAGCCACCGGGCACUGCCGGUGCCCCCCGGGGAAAACCGGCCCCAAGUGCGGCUCAGACUGCCAGCCAACCAAGUACGGCCCUGACUGCAGCCUGGCCUGCCAGUGCCCCCCCAGCAGCUCCUACUGCAACGCUCGGAACGGCCAGUGCCUCUGCCUGGCGGGCUACACGGGACCCACGUGCCGGGAAGGCCACCCACCUCAUCUGCCCUCAGCUGAGCACCCCUCACGCCCACCGCAGGUUGAGCACUAGGUCCUGCAGCCACCGGAGCUCCCUUGGUGCCACCAAGCAGCCACCUGAAGAAGCCAAAUGACUGAUUUAAUGAACUUGUUUACAAGCCACACAACCAUUUAGCAUUUUCUGACCAAGCUGCUGCUUUCAGAGCUGUCUGAGCCAGGCUGAAGCACAGAGCACCACCAGCUCACCACAGCAGCCAGGCACGGGCACACGCCCUCGGCCAGACACCAGCAGGUCAGAAGCGAUUGGUUCUGGUCAGUGGACAAAUUGCUGGCCUUCAUCUUCUAGGUGCUGAACUGGAGGUGGGAGCUGAAAUUAUGGUCAAAAAUAGUUAUUUAUGCAACAAUAUUUAUGGGAAGAUGUACAGCAGUAUUGCCGGAAACGAUCCUGAGAUCGUGCCUCCUGUAGCAGUACCACCUCACUUGAACUAUUACUGGUUUUGUUUGUUUAAUUUUGAAUUCACAAUGUUUUUUUUAACUGUAACUUAUCAUUUGUCAUGGGAACAACAGCUGUAGUUCCUGCCCCAGCUCCCCUGCAGAGCCAGUGCCCACAGCCCAGCCCUCCCCAGCACCCCAGUUGAUGUCCCCAGCACCAGGCAGUGACCUCCUCACCAUGAGACUGCUCUCCACAAACUCUGCAGGGCUUUAGGAGCCGGGUUUUCAUACCAGGAAUGUCUCAGUCCAUUGGAGCUGCCUGUUUUCCCCUGAAAACUAAGCCUUAAGUAGCUGAAAUAAUAAAGAAUACUGUGGAUAGACACAGAGCCCUUGCAAGGUCCAGUAAAUACAAAUCCUUAUUUAAGUGUGUGCACCCCAGCCCUAGACCCUGUGUUAUUUUUUCAUCCCAGCUGAGCCCAGGAGCUGGGCAGGGGAUGGAGGCAGGAGCAGCCAGGAGGCUCCUGGCUCACAGCAGGUGUGGAGUCACAGCAAAGCCCAGCCAGUGCCCUUCAUUUAUUUGCACAAAGCUCUUGGAGAGCUGGAGCCCAAGAGCUGAGAAUGUCACAGGAACCAGGCUCUGCGAAGGAGACGGGAUGGCCCCGUCCCAGCACAUCUGCCUCUGCUGCUGCUGCAGCACAGCCCUGCCAGGCACUGGCCUUUAAAUGAUUCCCACAGGGGCCAACUGAAAAUAAUAAAAGAAUUGUCUCUUUUCCUGAUGGAAUUUAUUUUAAUCUGUAUAUAACUUGUAAUUUUUUUUUGCUAAUUCUUUUCUUAUUUUAUUUCUUCCUUAACAGCUUUUUGUUGUUUUGUUGUUGUUGGGUUUUUUUUUUUUGCAUUAGACAUCAUUAUUGUGAAGAAAUAAUGUUAAUAUAAGUCUGUAGUGAAGGACCAAAAUGGUGUAAUUAAGGUUGUAUGUUGUAUGAUUGAUAACCAGGGAGUAGGGAGAGUUUGUCCACGUGCCAAAUGACCCUGAUCAAUCCUGCUGGUCUUGCUGCCAAUUCUCCAGACAAUCAGAUGUUUUUGUUGCAUUUGCCUUGAAGUGACCCUUGCAGGAGGUGCAGGUUUGGUUCUUUCCUUGGCUGGUUGGAAAGCAAGUGCAGCCUCUGCCCUCCCUGUGCCACCAGUGAUGCCACCUCGAUGGCAGUGAUGCCACCACUCUGCAUGGCCACUGAGGUGCACAGAACCACUCUGCGCCCAUGGCCCUGCUCCAGGAAAACAGAAAUAUAGCCUGGCCUUAAACACCAGGAGAGAUCUGUCCUGUCCUGUUACAAAAGCCUGAGCUGCAGCUCUGUGGCUCCUGGCAGCUGCUCGGAGGAAACCCUGAGCACGGGGCUGCAGCAACUCUGUACCUACAUUAUUUUAUACCACAACUUUUUUCCUGUUCUGUUUCCUAAUACAGUUUCUUUGCUUCCUGUUUUCAUGUAGCUGGUGUCUCUCUUUUUGGAUCGCACUGAUGAAAAAUUUCGAUUCUCCCACAGUUAUGAGAAAUAAACCAAAAGCCUCACUGAGCUUC